CUUAUUAAAUAGGUUUGGUUAAUGAUGAUAUCAGAUUUUCAAAAAAUAGGAAUUGGCCUGGUCGGAUUCGGCAUGUUCUUCAACUUCAUGGGAGUCAUGAUGAUGUUCGACAAGGGUCUGCUCGCCAUAGGAAAUCUACUGUUUUUGGCUGGUGUUACAAUGAUAAUCGGAUUUGAAAGGACCAUCAGGUUUUUCUUCCAGCGUCACAAGUUAAAAGGAACAUCUUUUUUCAUGGGAGGAAUAUUCAUAGUAUUAUUUGGUUACCCAGUGAUUGGAAUGAUUCUUGAGACGUAUGGUUUUGUAUCAUUAUUUGGUGGUUUUAUCCCCACCAUAGUGGGCUUCGCCAGAGGAAUUCCUGGUCUCAAUCUAGUAUUCGCAAUCCCCUUCAUAAACAGAAUAGCAACAAAAGUGGAAAAUUCCAAGUCAAUGGUCUAGUGCUCAACGCAAAUGCUAUCGAAUAAGCAUUCGGUGCCCUGUCAGGCUCUUAGCAUCAAUUUUCUUGAUUUACCAUCAGCUGAAGUUGCUGUGGAAAAUGUCGGGAGGAUUCGAGAGACCCUAGUUCAGAGCACAGUCCUUAUUUUAUUGUAUUGCUUCAAUUUGAUCUUUUAAUAUUCCUAUUUGCAUUGUAUUUACUGUUUAUUAUGAAUCCAGCAGUUUGUGGUAUAAAUACAUUUUUUAUUGUAAAUCUCAAUUUAUGUGGCUCUAGUGUGUAGUCGAUAUG